AUGCUGUGGCUGGCCCUUGGCCCCUUCCAUGCCAUGGAGAACCAGGUGCUGGUGAUUCGCAUCAAGAUUCCAAAUAGUGGAGCGGUGGACUGGACAGUGCACUCGGGGCCGCAGCUACUCUUCAGGGAUGUGUUGGAUGUGAUAGGCCAGGUUCUGCCUGAAGCAACAACCACAGCAUUUGAAUAUGAAGAUGAAGAUGGUGAUCGAAUUACAGUGAGAAGUGAUGAAGAAAUGAAGGCAAUGCUGUCAUAUUAUUAUUCCACAAUAAUGGAACAGCAAGUAAAUGGACAGUUAAUAGAGCCUCUGCAGAUAUUUCCAAGAGCCUGCAAGCCUCCUGGGGAACGGAACAUACAUGGCCUGAAGGUGAAUACUCGGGCUGGACCCUCUCAACACAGCAGCCCAGCAGUCUCAGAUUCACUCCCAAGCAAUAGCUUAAAGAAAUCUUCUGCUGAACUGAAAAAAAUAUUAGCCAAUGGCCAGAUGAAUGAACAAGACAUACGGUAUCGAGACACUCUUGGUCAUGGCAAUGGAGGCACAGUCUACAAAGCAUAUCAUGUUCCAAGUGGGAAAAUAUUAGCUGUAAAGGUCAUACUACUAGAUAUUACACUGGAGCUUCAGAAGCAAAUUAUGUCUGAAUUGGAAAUUCUCUAUAAGUGUGAUUCAUCAUAUAUCAUAGGGUUUUAUGGUGCAUUUUUUGUGGAAAACAGGAUUUCAAUAUGUACAGAAUUCAUGGAUGGAGGAUCUUUGGAUGUAUAUAGAAAGAUUCCAGAGCAUGUCCUUGGAAGAAUUGCAGUGGCGGUUGUUAAAGGCCUUACUUAUUUGUGGAGUUUAAAGAUUUUACAUAGAGAUGUGAAGCCCUCCAAUAUGCUAGUAAACACAAGGGGACAGGUCAAGCUGUGUGACUUUGGAGUUAGCACUCAGCUAGUGAAUUCUAUAGCCAAGACGUAUGUUGGAACAAAUGCUUAUAUGGCGCCUGAAAGAAUUUCAGGGGAGCAGUAUGGAAUCCAUUCUGAUGUCUGGAGCUUAGGAAUCUCUUUCAUGGAGCUUGCUCUUGGGAGGUUUCCAUAUCCUCAGCGAGCCUUGCUGCCCUGGAAACAGACUGAAGGAACUUUGGAAAAGAUUCAGAAAAACCAGGGAUCUUUAAUGCCUCUCCAGCUUCUGCAGUGCAUUGUUGAUGAGGAUUCGCCCGUCCUUCCCGUUGGAGAGUUCUCCGAACCGUUUGUACAUUUCAUCACUCAGUGCAUGCGAAAACAGCCAAAAGAAAGGCCAGCACCUGAGGAACUGAUGGGCCACCCAUUCAUCAUGCAGUUCAAUGACGGAAAUUCCACCGUGGUGUCCAUGUGGGUGUGCAGGGCGCUGGAGGAGAGGCGGAGCCAGCAGGGGCCCCCCUGAGACUGCAGUAGGAUGCUGAAAGCCCAGGACUUGUCACCAAGGGGAAGAUCCACCUCGUGCCCUUCUCCGUUUGCUGUCUGCACCAGAAGAGCUUUGCUGGACCCAGGCCUCUCUGCUCUCACCUUCAACUCUGCUGGCAGACGACCUUGCCUAGGGAGCCCUCGAGGGCAGCCAGCCCCUGCCGGAGCAAGCCCUCUCCCCCACCUCAGGUCCAGAGGCCUGACUGGCAGGGUGGGUAGAGGGGUUGGGGCAUUGAGAAGCGAGGCCCCUGUGCCCUUGUCCCUCUGCCUUUUUCCCAGUCUUCUUUGUAAAGGAUCAGGCUCCGUCAGCGACACUGAUGGGAAUAAAAAUAUUACUGCUUUGUGA